CACACACGGCUCAAUAAUCGCCAGCCGACCCGUCACUCCCAUCUUAACUUGAGGAAACCCCAAGGUAAACUUUGGGAAAGCAGCUGAAAAGUGUCUAGCAACUGAAUGUAGUCGUUUAAUAAAGUAAUUGCUGUAAAAUGAACGACAUGACACCUAAACCAACACGGGGAAUGAAGUCUUCGCUUUGACGCGCAACGCAAAAUACAAAUGGACAGGACGCUCAGGUUCAUUUUGGGAAUAAUAACAGCUGUUGUCCUAUUCAAAUACUCCCAGGCUGAAUGGAAUACCACCAACACACCAGUGAAUAGGACUGUGUCCUGCGAUCACCAUGACAACUGCACAGAUUCAAAUGAUGACCACAUAUGGAGUGGACACUUCUCUAAAUGUCCAAAAGAAUACAAGCAUUACUGUAUCCAUGGUGUUUGCCGUUUUGUAAAGGCGCAAAACACUCCUUCAUGCAGAUGUGAAACGGGAUAUAUUGGCACUCGGUGCGAAUAUCGUGAUCUCGAUCUUCGUGUAGAAGAACGAAAGAAAAUAGUCAUCGCAUGUGUGGUGGCAGGAUUGGUCUUUCUGAUUCUGCUCAUCGUAUUCAUAUGCGUCUGUACACACAAACGAUAUAAACCAUGUAGAAAAAAGAAGAGAAAAAAGGAAACAAGCGAUGAAGAAGAGAAGCUCAGUUCACUAAACACAUGUGAAGCUUUAGCUGCUCCAGUCGACACAAAUGCUGUUUGAAUGAAGUGAACCUGCCAGGAUUGGUAAUGGCGUGAUUGUGGUGUGGAAAUGAGGACUUGUCCUGCCGAGUGGUGAAAGCGGUGCUUUACAGGAAUCCUGAAUGGACUUUAAAUGAACUUUGAUGAUAUGGUGUGUCAGGCAACCUUUGCCAUUCUCUGUGCUACUGUUUACCUCAUUCUUCAUGCCACAACUCAUUUUCACACUUUUCAGAAGAAAAGUUGGAGGUGAACUAAAUGUAAAUACUGUAAUGAGAAAUCUGUAUCAUAAUUCUAAUAACUGAAGAGGUGGCGUGCAAUAUGCUGAAGGGGCACAAAGCCGAUUUGUGUUGGUUUAAUUAUAGGCCUAUUUAUAUUGCAUAUGAUGCACACAUUGAAAAAAAAGUUACCAUUAAUUAGAUUUGAUAGAUGCUAAGAUAUUAAGUUAGUAAAUAAUAAAUGGUUAUAUUUCAACAGUUUCUGGAAGUAGUUCUCCCGACAUUAACGGACCAAAAUAUUCUCUAAACUUUGAUUUAUUUAUUAACAUGUUUGGUGUUAAAAGAGUAUAUUUUAAAUGAUUAAAUUACCAUUAAUGUGUCUUUAUUGUGAGUUUGAGAGAGAAGUAUUAGCCAUAAUUAAUAAAAAUGUUUUGAAAUGAUGUGUUCGGUCAAAAAUAUUUGUAAGUGAACAACAUUUUUUUUUUUUUUUUAGAUUAAAAAGAGAAAACCUUUGAUAUAUUUUUGUGAGGUACAGUUUGGAAAUAUUUGAUAAUGACAAACUUUACUGAUAGAGUUAGAAGUGUGUUGCACAUACUGUUCAGGUUUAUUUCCCCCCUUUUAAUUGCAAGCUCUAAAAUAUUUGAGAUUUUCUUCAAAUGUAAAGCUGUAUUUACUUCAUACCAUAAAAUGUCUUUUUGAACUUGCUCCUGUCAGUAUUUUUAUUACUGUAAUGUUACACGAGAAAGUUAAAUUUUCAGUCGGUUGUAGGAAAUGCAGUUUUGUGGUACUGUAAAUGCUUGCAUUGUAUUCUGUAAACAAGGUUAAUGUGGUACAUAAACCGAUCAUUUCUUCACACCAAGGUGGAAAAUGUCCAUGGAGUGUGCAAAAGUGCUUAGCUAGAAUAAACUGUCCACCAAUCCUGUUUCCAAGAAAUGUUCCAUCUGCUUUAUUGUUUGUUUUUUGCCCUAGUUACAGCUGCCCUCAAAAAUCCAGUCUGUGGGAUUAUUUAACCUUUAUCAUUAUAGAUAAAGCUUUGAAGAGC